AUUUCAAGAACCAGGUCGAUAAGCACUUGGCAGGUCUCACGGACCCAAUGAGCCACCCAAAUCACCACAAGGGGAAAACUCGCAGGAUUCCCUGUUUGAAAAUAGAUCGAUUGCUCUUAGGCUUUAUUGUUUCACGGAGUGCAUUCUGUGUCGGUCUGAGCGUCUUUGGUUAUUUUGUUUGCUCUUUUGCAAAUUGUGUUCUCAACCUCUCAGUCAGCAAGUACAUCAACAAUAACCUAACAUAACACAACGACAGAGUUUGGAACAAGCUUCAGAUAUAACUCAGGAGUAUACCUC